AUUAUAUAAUUUAGAAAAAAAAAAACGUUAGAUUUAUUACACUUGUCGCAUAUAAUAAAUAAAUAUUAUAUAUAUGUAAAAGAGUUAAAUUUGUUAUGUUCAUGUAAUAUCUUACAUUCACAUGAUAAACGAACAUACGUUUGUGAAGAGUAGCGUAUAUCGUUCGAUGGAGGAAAUAUAAUUGAGGUUAGAAUAUUUUCUUUUUUCCAUAAAUCAACUAAGAAACAUGGCGCGAAGGAUUUUUCAUUCUUUUUCAAACGAUUUAUUAUAUAUUAAUGGUCAACAAGUUCGAUAUGGCCAUUAUAUUCGUGGACAAAAUCCAAUGAAUGCUUAUACAUUAGAAAAACGACUGAAAGUUUUGAAUCAAAAAGAAUCCUAUUUAAAAGAUCAAGUUAACAUUGGUUUACCAAUAUCUGAAACACCUAAAACGGUGAUAAAAGAAUGGAACAAGGAAAUGAAAGCUAAUAGAAUAAAUCCUGAGUUAGAAAAAAUAUCACGUAAACUGCAAUUAAAUGUCGAUUUACAGAAAAUACGAGAGAUUUGGUGGCAAACACAUGGGCCUGAACAUAUUUAUAAAAUUGCAGAGCAUUAUGGAAUCUAUCAACAUUUAUAUAAAGAUGCAUAUUUUUACCCGGUUGUACAUUUACAAAUAGAUUAUGAUUUUGGAUCUGAGGAUAAACUUGCUAGAGUCUAUAAUGGAAAUGUAAUUAAACCAAGUGAGGCACAAGACCAACCUAACAUUAAAUAUGAUGCUAAUUCAGAUACAUUAUGGACAUUAUUAAUGACUACACCAGACGGAAACUUUACUAAUUCUAAUAAUGAAUAUUGUCAUUGGUUCAUCGGAAAUAUUCCUGGAAAUGAUAUAGCAAAAGGGGAACAAUUAAUUGAUUACUUAAGGCCAAUACCACCACGAGGUCUUGGAUAUUGUAGAUAUAUAUUUGUAUUAUAUAAACAAGAUAAAUAUAUUGAUUAUACAAAAUAUAAAAAGGAACAGCCUUGUCUGAGCUUAUCGGAACGCGAUUGGAAUACAUUGGACUUUUAUAGAGAACUUCAAGAUUAUAUAACGCCAGCAGGAUUAGCAUUUUUCCAAUCGGACUGGGAUCAAUCUCUUUCUGAUUUUUAUCAUUUUAAUUUAGAUACAAAAGAACCAAUAUUUGAGUAUGACUUUCCAAAACCAUAUAUAAAGAAACAGGAAUGGUUUCCAUUAAAACGAGCUUUUAAUUUAUAUUUAGAUAGGUACCGGGAUCCUAAAGAAAUAAAUAAGGAAUUUUUAUUGGAGAAACUGAAAAAGGUUCAUCCUUUCAAAAAACCAGAACCACCAUUAAAAUAUCCAAAUGCUUAUGCUUUUGAAAUUCCUGUACCUACUUGGUUGAGAGUAGAAAAAAGAAAAGAAAGGCUAGGUUGGGGACGUAUAAAUAAUAUUGAAUAAUAAUUAUAAUCGAUAUUGUUUUGUUAUAAUAUAUAACAAUAUAAUAUAAUAUAAUAUAAUAAUAAUUAUUAUUAUUUUUAUUUAUAAUUAAAAUAUAUUUAUUAAAACAUAUGUGCUUAUAGAAAUUUUCAAUAUAUUUAUCUAACGUAGAGUAUAAAUUUCUGCUAUGUUAUAUAUUCGUUAAAAGAGUUUUCUAAUAAGGUAAAUAAAAGAAGAAAUUUUCAUAUCAAUAUAUUAAUCAAUUUUCAAAUUAGCUUCUACCACUUUUCUACUUCGAUUUUUUACAUCUGCUCGCGUUAAUACAUUUGGAUCUACAAUUUCAUGUUCAACGAUCAGAGCUGAAAUAACAAAUAUUUUAACAUUUACUUUUUAAUUAUCUAAUUUAUCCUAUAUAAUAUAUAUAUAUAUACACACACACACACACAUUAGGGCUUUUCAUACUUUUUUAGUUUAAGAUUCACUUUUGAAAACUAAAGUUUUUUCUGACCCAUUUCUAAAGAAUUAUCCUAAUGAAUAUAUAUAAUCCCUCAUAUUUUAAUAUUUAACGUGAUUCAAUAUUUUAGGAAUUCCUGAUAUAUGUAUAUAUAUAUAUAUAUAUAUAUAUGUAUAUAUGUAUAUGAUCAAAUUUCUACCUGGCUCUAACUCGUCCUUCCCAAAUUUGAGUGUAAAGGUAUUAUAAUCAGCUAUAUAAUUUUGAUACAAUUGUCUCGCUCUUUCAUCUUUUUCUUUAUCGAGUUCAAAAUUGCUUAUUCCGAAAAGAACACCCAUUUUUCGAGUAAUUUGUGCCAAUAAUACUACGCCUGAAAAAAAAAAAAGUAUAUAUACACGUGCACAUA